AUGUUUGACUCGCUGCAAUUGACUCGACACGGGAGCCAUCUCUACCUCUUUGGGCGCACUGCCGCCGAACCCGGCCAGCUUGUAAUCUCGGAUAAGACUAUCUCUAGGAAGUAUAUUACGAUACAAGUCGACAAUGUUGCGAAGGGCAGCGGUGUACCGCGCAGCGCAAUCUCCGCUCGCGAUCCACUGACCAUCGAAGACCUCGACUCGAAGAAUGGGACACUCAAAACACUCUCAGAGGAUGAGAACGAAGUGAAGCUGGGCAUGUGCCCGAAACUCGUUCGAGUACGAUGGCACCCCGUCGUCCUCAGCUUCUCCUUCACUGCUAAAGAGCUCCGCGCGGACCCCUGGAAGAGGCUUCGCGACACCCUAGAACAGCUCGACAUCAAAUACUCGGCUGACUACCCGAGCGAGACCACCUACGUCGCCUUGAUUAACGGCAAAUACGUUGUCACCGAUAGCUUUAUACACUAUAUCGUGGAGGCAACGACUGUCCUAGACGACGCCGUCGACGGCGCACCCAGCGCGCUAGAAGACAACUUUGAAGCCUCGUGGCCAAAUGCCCUCGACUACCUACCGCCACGUAGCGAGGAGCCUGGAGAUCAGCUACUAGAAGCGUCGUUGCGCACCGACGACUUCAUUCGAUACGUCAAGGGGGUUGCUGGGGAGAAGGGACUAGGCUCGUUCGAGGAUGGCAGCGAGGGCAAGGGAGUGGUCGUUUUCCUCGCCUCCUUUGCCCAGCGCCUUGAUUAUCGGCCGAUCGACCAGCGCGAGUUCCUCGAGGCCAUCCUUGCCGGCAAUGCCUCGAUGCCGCGCCGGCCCCUCGAGGAGGCGAGCCAACCUGUACCGGCCAUACCGCAGGGAGACGACCGCAUGGACAUCGACCGACAUCAAGCCCCCGAAGAACAAGAAUCCGCGCCCGCGCCUCGCGCGGGGAGGGGUCGGAGAGCUAGUCGACGCCGAUUCCAGGGUUUCGACUUUGAUGAUGCAGAGGAACCCGCUACAGAGACACUGUUGGUGGAGACGCCGCCGUAUCGCGAAUCGAGUUUUCCUCCCGAGGAGGAGGUCCCCGAGACCUGUCCUGUGGGCCGGACAUCGCGGAAGCGCGCGCAUUCCCCGCCACCGGAGCACGAUACGCUAGCGUUGAUGGCUGCGAUUCCCAGACGGCACGGGAAGAAGCCGAGGCUCCCGCCGCGGGCCAAGCGCAAGGAACUCGAGGAGCUGCCCGACGACGGGAUCGACUACGCGGCGAUUCGGGCGCUGCACAUCGUCGUAGAGUUUGAGGUACGCGUGCCUGCCGCCGGCACCGCGCACGCUCGCAGCCGGGAGCAGGACAUUGCCGACGGGCGCUGGGAUCCGCGGUGGAACGGGCGCAAGAACUUUAAGCGCUUCCGCGCGCAGGGCGAGCAGGCCGGCCGCCGCGCCGCGUCGCGCAUUAUCAUCUCCCUUGAAGAGGUCAAGCCCAAGGAGGACGGCAUCGGCGACGACUACUGGCUCGAAGACGUGGACAGCAGCAGCCGCAGCAGCUGCGAACGUCGCAGACGCAAACCACCCAACUCCAACAGUCGUCGUCAUACGGAAAGCCUGCAAGCGCUAAGGCAAAACUUGCGAUGCGCCGCACGGUGCUCGCCCUCGACAGCAGCGACGAAGAAAAAGAGGAGGAAGACGAAGCCAGCGCGCUACAACCCGACAGCGGCAGCAUUAUACCCGAGACGGAACCCUCCCGCAGCCGCACCGCCAAAGCAGCCGAGAAGGCCAACUCGCAGCGCGGUGCGCGGACCCAGACCCAGACACAGACGCAGACGCAGACGCAGACCAGCGGACUCGGCGGCGCAGGAGCGGGCGGCCAAGAGACCAAGGAGGGGGUUCCGGGCGCCGGCGAGUGAGAAGGAGAGCGACGGGAGCAAUGACGAGCUCAAGUUUCGGUUUGGGAGGCGGAGAUGA